AUGACACUGAAGUCGGAAUUCAACAUGUCGCUGGAUUCGAUAAUAGACCCAGUCCCGAAGCCGAGCCCCGAUAUGUCCCUAGAUUCGAUACUCAAUCCGGUCCCGUAUUCAGUGCAGGCACCAUGUUUAAAACUCAACCUACUACUAACUCCUGCACCCAACCUGCCACCAAGUUCGGCAGUCAGUCUGCCAUCGCCAUCGCCAUCAAGAUCAAGUUCGACACUCGGCGUGCCAUCAGGUUCGGCACCCAACAUACCACCAAUUGCAGCGCUUCGCCUGCCAUCGCCAUCCAAAUCGGCAGUGAACCUGCAACCAAUUGCAACACUUGACCUGCCAUCCCCAUUUAGUUCAGUACUCAGCCAGCCAUCAAGUUCAGCACUCGGCCAGCCAUCAAAUUCAGCACUCGGCCAGCCAUCAAGUUCAGCACUCGGCCAGCCAUCAAGUUCAGCACUCGGCCAGCCAUCAAGUUCAGCACUCGGCCUACAACCAGUUUCGCGAUUCAACAUACCAUCAAAUUCGGUACUCGAUCAGCGACCAAAUUCAAUCCAACCCUAUCGUGAUAUGACUCGCAUUGAUGAGUCUCGAUCGGAGGCGGGCUGCGGAACCCACUCCCAUCAUUUCCGUGGCGAGCCAUGUUGUACCUGGGGUCCUAGGACACUAUUCCUUUGCGGUCAGGCAUCAAAGAAGCCUUUGACCAAGCUAUUUAUCGAUCACGAUUUCCUCAGCGACGAAGACGUAGCUUCAUUGGCUCGAGCCAAACUGAGAGGCACCUAUGAUAUCGUCUUAAAGCUCGAUGAGUCUCGGAGUCUCAAAAUCGUCCUAUGCUUUUCGACAUUUCUGGAGUCCAUUAGCACCCCACAGGAGAAUGCCUACGACCUCAUCAGCAUCUUAUCGUUCCCGCACUUCUAUAUAUCCAAGAAAACCAAAUUGCCCAACCAGGAUACAAGUCUGAUGCGUCGCUGCCGAAAGCUCAAGAUCGUCCAAUUGGCAUUCGAUUUUGACAGUUUGACCCAAAGAGAGAGCACAAACAGAAGAAUCCGCAAGCCUCGGGAACGCGACGCUUUCAUUAGUCACUAUGGCUUCAGCAACAUACUCGAUUGCCAAAAUCUGAAACUCAUUUCCUUCCAUGUUAUCCGGCCGAAGAAGGCCCAGUUGCACUUUUACAAGCACAUGGAAGUUGAACACAAGACCUUGUUAGAAGCUGCUGCUUGGAUUGGACAGAAAUUCGAGAACAAUGGUCGACAUAUCCAGAUCUUGAUUAGUUUCCGAGGGCAUGACGAGCAAAUGCAGGGAAGCGAGAAGCAAAUUUGGCCAGUCCCAUGCCCCACCGAGUCUGCCGGUUCAGUACUACCUCGUAGUAUUGAGCCCCAGUUGACGUCCUCUGAAUGCUAA